ACUCCCAGCAGACAGAAACCUCUCCUCCUAUCAGCUGACCGUCCCUCGACCAAUCGGAGGCAGGCUGAGGCGGGACGUGGACGGACGACUCCCCAAUCAGGUGUCGUACGUCAUCAGUGUGGACGGGAGUGAUCACGUCGUUCGUCUGGAGAGAAACGACCUGCUGCUUCCUGCAGACUUCACUGUGUUCACCUACAGCAAGAACGGAUCACUGAUCACAUCCAGACCACCUGUACAGAAUCACUGUCACUAUCAGGGCUUCGUUCAGGACAUGGAGGGUUCCUCUGUCGCUAUGAGCGUCUGCAACGGCCUCAGAGGAGUGUUGCACCUCGCUGACGACAGUUACGGUAUCGAGCCGUUAGACUCCGCCCCCGAGCAGCACCUGGUGUACCGCCUACAGGAUGUGACAUCACAACCCCGUGGAUGUGGAACGCCACAUGAGGAUGAGCACGAACACAACAACAGCACCGAGCACGCUCAGUACAAACAAGAGGACAUCCACCACAGACAGCACAGCAGGAUGAAGCGAGCUAUUCUUCAUCAGACUCAUUAUGUGGAGCUGCUGCUGGUUGUCGACAAUGACAGG